AUGGAAUCCGGCCCAAGGAUUCAAGGUGAGACCAGUCGCAAGCGCAGGAGGAGGUCCAGCCUGUCCGGGACACAGGCAAGCAACUCUGCAAGUCCACAAACCGAGCUGGGCCAAAUGAGGUCCGACAACGUCACGGGUUCGACGAGCUUUGUGGGGAGUGCAAGUGGCAUCUAUUUCGUGCGAACAGUUCGAACAGCUCUGGCUAAGAAUCUCAACAACGGGAAUGAGGCAGUUAGUGAAAUGGUUCCUGGAGAAGAUGAUCAAGUUCAUCCGGACAGCCCGCCCAAUUCCCUUUGGAAUCGCGACGAAGUCUCUUUCGGCAUCGCAGACCAGAGGCAAGAUAGUUCUUCAAUCACCUUUGAUAAUCUCGUCCGCUGGAGCGAAUCGUAUUUCGAUAUCUGGCAUCCGAUUUUACCUUUCCUCCACGCACCCAGCAUUUUGGAACUAUUCGAGAAGGUCGCUUCACACGGGCUUUCGCAUUUGAAUAGUAUCGAAAUCAUCAUCGUACGUUCAGUACUAUCCACAUCUGUCGCCGACAGAAAGCAGCUCCCUGCGGAUCGCGGAAACCUCGUUCCUUCCGCCUUCAUUUUCAACUCGAUCGAAGAAGCAGUGUCCUGUCUAUCUCCCAUUCUGCUACAGCCAUCAACAACCUCUAGCAUACAGGCCGCCGUGGGCAUUCAAGUGUUUCUUCUUUCAAUGUUGCGUCUCAACACGGCAUCAAGAUUUAGUGGACUCAUUAUUCAGAUCGCAUUUCAUCUGGGGCUUCAUCGAUGCCCAACAAGAUACAAGCAGUUCUCAAAAUCCGAAGCAGAUAUGCGUCGAAGAUUGUUCUGGUCGAUAUAUUCCCUCGAGAGAUUUCUAGCACAGUCUUUAGGACUCCCACUAAGCUUGAAAGAUGACGACAUUGAUGUUUGUCACCCUCAAGAUGAGGUCCACCUUGAAGAUGACGAGCGUGCGAAGACCACUGAGCCUCAUGAUGUCCAGCUUUUCCUUCUCCCGGAAUUUCUUGCCCGUAAUAGUCAAAUCAAAGGUUUGAUCCUUGAGCUUCGACACAAGAAUGUCAACCUUCGAGUUACAGAUCCAGACGAAGUCGCGCAUAUUGAUUCUGAAAUCUCUCGGUGGUGGAAUGACGUUCAAGAUUUUAUUGAGCCUAUAUCUAUGGACGAUGACGAUUUGCCUAGUUCAGAGAUCAAAACCACUGUUCCUCCUCUAAGACCGUUUCACCGGCUUCUACUCAUAGUGCAGAAGCACGAGGCAGUGAUCCUUCUGAACCGUCCUGCCAUCACUUCUGGUAGCAGCUUCGCAAUAGCUGCUGCCAUGCAGAAGUGUAUUGGAGCAUCAAAAGCCAUUAUCUCAAGCGUUUUUCAGCACCUGCAAGAGAGUAUAAGACAUGAAGGAUCGAGGGAUGGCCGGAUCCAGUAUCCGCUGUUCUGGCCAGGCUUUACUUGGUGUGUCUGGAUGAGGUACCAGAUCUCCACAUGCCCCGAGUAUGACUUGUGA